CCACAGCCUGGUAUGCGCCAGUGGCCAAUGUGAACCAACGAUCGCCAGUGGCAGUACACAAGCCCGUGAAGUCGAAAAAAGCGUUGGUGUCAGUAACGGGACGCAUGUCCUUCCCCGGAUUGUUGCUGAGCAACACAGUCAAGGAGGAGAGGGAGGAGGUGGCGAUAAACUCCCCAUUGACAAUGCGAGGGAUGAAAGAGCCGCGAACAAAUAGCAGAUCACCGAGCGAAGGAGGCAGAAUGGUAGUCGAUUUAGGAACAAAGAAGUUGAAUUUGAUGUUCAUGGCAUCCGCGACGUCGGAACCUGGCCCGUCAAUUGAGCGGCAUGGUAUCAGUGGAGACGCGGGAACGAAAACUGAGCGCACCAAUGAGGAAGUCACUGUGCAGGCGACUAUUACUGAAUUCUGGAUCGCUGUUUAGAAAGGCAUACGCUGUGAAGUGGGAGCGGAGUGUGAUGUUCAGCGCCAUCAGGCCAGAGCGAGGGGAGUUGGGGAUGGAAGAUGAGGU